GGGAUCGGAGCGAGGGGAGGAGGAGGAAGAAGCCCCGGGAAGGACGGCCCAAGGGCGGCUGAAGCAGCGGGGGUCAUGGCUUCCUCCAGACCUCUGCCUCGGUUUUGGGAGUGGGGUAAGAACAUCGUCUGCGUGGGUCGUAACUACGCGGACCACGCGAAGGAGAUGGGGAGCAGCCUGCCCACCGCCCCCCUCUUCUUCCUCAAGCCUUCCUCAGCCUACCUGCGGGAAGGGUCCCCCAUCCUCCGGCCCCACUACUGCAAGGAGCUGCACCACGAAGUGGAGCUGGGGGUGGUGAUGGGGAGGAGAGCUGAGGAUGUGUCCCAGGAGGCUGCCAUGGAGCAUGUGGGGGGCUAUGCCCUCUGCUUGGAUAUGACAGCCAGGGACACCCAGGAGGAGUGCAAAAAGAAGGGUCUGCCCUGGACUUUGGCCAAGGGGUUCAGAUCCUCCUGUCCCGUCAGUGAUUUUGUGCCCAAGGAGAAGAUUCCAGACCCUCACAAGCUGAAGAUCUGGCUGAAGGUGAACGGCAAGCUGAGGCAGGAGGGUGAAACCUCAUCCAUGAUCUUCUCCAUCCCUUACCUGAUCAGCUACAUCAGCAAAGUGAUCACCCUGGAAGAAGGGGAUUUGAUCCUGACGGGGACUCCUGCAGGAGUUGGUUCCGUCCAGGCCAACGAUGAGAUAGAGGCUGGGAUAAGUGAUGUCCUCUCCAUGAGGUUCAAGGUGGCAGAGCAAAAGCAUGGAUCCUAACUGGGAGCUGGGCUGGGACCCUGCCUGCCUGGGAGGAGGCUCUUUUGGGGAACAUCUGGUGCAUGAAGAGACACAAAGCUGGAUGUCGAGCACUGGCGUGGCCCAAGCAUCCCACAAAGACACAAAAAAACAACAAAAAGGCAUUUGAAUAAUCCAGCCCCAUUUCCAAGGAGGCUUCAGCCUCCUCUGAGACUGGGAAGCUGGAGUCCAACCCAGCUGGGGCUGAUGGUUACACCCAAACCAUACCUUGGUGGAUGGAGACAAGAGCUGGGGAGGGCAGCUGGGCUGGUGCUGUUGAUCCUCUUCUGGAUGCUUUGAGCUUUGUCAAUAUAUUGCCUUAAAGAAAAAAAAAAAAAUCAUUAAAAGGAUGUGGGAGCUAAAGCUCACCCAUGCUAUGUGAAAUCAAAGCUGUAUGUGUUCAGUAAGUCAAGAAUUACAGCUUCAGAAAGAAUGGCUCUCCUUGGGGCAUUAUACAAUAAAAAGAUGUUUGCUUUUUAGAUUAGUUUCACGAUUCCUCCGUGCGUUUUCCAAGUGUACAAAUUAAUCCAGGAUUGCUUUCCCUCCCACUCCAAGGGGUGUAAUGCAGCAGGAAGUGUGCCAGAUGCUUGGCAGAAGUUUUUUUCCUAAGCUGAGCUUUAAAUAUGCUUUUUAAAGCAAAAUAAUUCAACAGAUCAAGAAUGAAGAAGCUCAUUGGUUAAAGAUCA